AUGGAUGUCGAACUAAUCCAUUCUCUCCUCGCUUAUGCGAUGGUAUUGGCGGCCUUCACCCUGCUACUUGGACCACAAUCACCCCACGGCAGAUUUGCGUCUCCAUCCUGGGGUCCAACUGUCAGCACGAGGCUGGGCUGGACGCUUGCAGAGAUGUGGUCUUGGCUCAUCCCCAUCACCAUCUGGCUGACUUCAGUGCCCCAACAACCUAUGACCACUGUUCAAGCCGUGUGUCUUUGUGCCCUGAUUGUCCAUUACGUCCAUCGAAGUGUCAUAUACCAAUGGAUGGCACCAGCGCAGGGCACUCCAAUCUUGGUCCUACUCCAUGCUUUUGUGUUCACUUGCUGGAACGGUUUCAUUCAGGGUUGGUCAAUUGUUCACCAUUGGACCAUCACUGUGGCCGAUUCCUGGCUUGCCUGGCUUGGCAUCUCUGUGUGGCUUCUUGGCUUUUGUAUGAACCUUCAAGGAGACUACACUCUGAUUGGUUUGAGGAAGCAAAAUGACAAAGGCUACAGAGUACCACAUGGGGGACUGUUUGAAUAUGUGUCAGCAGCCAACUAUUUUGGUGAGAUUGUGGAGUGGUUGGGCUUUGCACUUGCAUGUCGAUCGCUUGCUGCUGCCUCCUUUGCUAUCUUCUCUUUCUGUUAUUUGGCCAAGCGAGGAGUGGCAUACCAUUCGUGGUAUCUUUCCAAGAUCAAAGGAUACCCCAGAAACAGAAAGGCUGUAAUUCCCUUCAUCUUGUGA